GAUGGAUUCCGAUUGGAUGAAUACUCACGACCAAUAGCAACAAACUUGAGAAACUCCAUGCAGCGUCUGCUUACUUUUGUUCAUGAUGUAGAGCCUUUCGCCAUCUUUCUACCAGAUGAAAACAAUGAAGAAAACCAGGCCACAUUUUUGCUGCACAGAUACAGAGAGAACUACCAGCAUCAGCAUGGAUUAGCUGUGGUCAUCAGCAAGAUUACUGACAACAAGAAGUACAUCAUGUGUUCUUCGAGUAACGGGGAAGUAAGCUUUAAGGAGAGAGAAUUACCAAAAAACAUAGAGUCUCAGGAGAGUGAAUAUAUAUUCUACCAGAGGACAUUUUCAGAUGGCAGUUCUUCUCUGCGGUUUGAGUCAUCAGUCAAAAAGAACUUUUAUCUGGCAUAUGAAGAAACAGAGAGUUUCCAGAAACUAAUUUUAAAGCACUGCCCUCCUGGUGAUUUGGAUGAAACAAUAUCGAUGGAUAUAAGUAUCUUGCCAUUUUAAACUAUGGCAUUAUAUUUAAAGAAGACGGUAAGGUUCAAUCACUGGGGGGGGUGCCAAACGAAAGGCACCCCCAGUGAUUGUAAUCGCUUACCUAAUACCCCAGGCUGGUGCUCCUGUUGGCAGAAAACUGCACCGGCCCAGAGUACUGUACAUGCAAGUAAGGGAUUUUCCUUUCAUUGUGCCAGUAGCAUCCCUAGCAACCAGAUAGACAUUCAAAUUGCAAGCCUUUGGGCUUGAGCAAUCAUUAUUAAAAUCAUUAUUGAAACCGGCAUCAUUGCUUUUUUACCCCAAGCCCAGUCAUUGCUUCCCCCCACCAGUAAAAAUUCAAAAGUUUGCCAACUUUUAGGUAAAGGAAUGUUCUAGAUAAAGGGACCUCUCCCCAAAAACAUAUGAGCCCUAACUCAGGGGUGAGAGUGAAGGGUAACUUAAUUACUUUAGAAACAGUACUGCAUUUUUAACUGAUUAUGUUUAGAAAAUGUUUUAUAUCAAUGAGAUGAAGCUUACUGUAUAUUAAUCAUAUUAGUUCCCCUUUAAAGUAUAAAAGACACUUUUUAAUAUUGUGUGUCUAUCACUUGAAAACAUUCUUGGAACUUUUUUUUUUUUGUUGUACUAACAUACAAAUCCAUCAGCCCUUCUUCCCCAGCUUAAUGACUGAACAUGCAGCCGUGAUGCCAUGCUAGGGGUGGGUACAAAGACCUUAUAGGUUAUAGACA